AUACGAGAGAAGAAGGGUAUCACUAUUGAAGUGAUACCGGAAGAUGGAUUUAGCGAGGACGACGAAGCGUUAGCGGCGGAUCUUGCGGCAUUCCGGAAUGCUCGGAGAGUACCCCCGAGUGCUCCAGGGGAUAUCUCCGACAACGGUGACGGCCAGGAAGAGGUGGUUCAGGCUCAACUUCGGGGCAUUGAAGCGGAAGAGGAAGGCGAGGAGGAUGAAGAUGAGGAUCGCGAGGGAGGGGAGGAGGAAAAGGAUCUGUAG